AUGGUUAUUAGGAAGUGCUGGGAUUUUAUGCGGGAAGACAUUAUGAAAGUGGUAAGAGAUUUUAAUAAAUUGGGAACUAUGAAUUGGAGACUAAAAACUAUUUUUCUUUCUCUCAUCCCCAAGAAAGAAACUGUAGAAAAAGUGAAGGACUUCAUCCAUAUAGGCCUCAUGGGAAGUGUAUGCAAAAUGAUUUCCAAAGUGUUAGCAGAAAGAUUAAAAUCUGCUCUCCCGUACAUCAUUUCGGAUCAGCAAUCUGCGUUCAUAAAAGAAAGACAAAUUCUUGAGUUUGCUCUUUUGGCUAACGAAUGCAUAGACUCUCGAAUCAGAAGUGGUACACCGGGGGUGAUAUGCAAGAUAGAUUUUGAGAAGGCUUUCGACCAUGUCUCUUGGGAUUUCGUUGAUGACGUGCUGGCUAAAAUGGUUUUUGGAGAAUUAUGGAGAAAGUGCAUCCAAGGUUGUAUCUCAGAUACUCCUAUCUCGGUGUUAAUCAAUGGCUCGGCUCACAGAAAAUUCACUACAGGUAAAGGACUGAUGCAAGGUGUUCCUCUCUCACCCUUUAUCUAUAUUAUUGUCGUUGAAGCCUUGCAUCUCUUGCUCCAAUCAGGGAAAGAACAAGGUCAUAUAGGAGGCUUUGCAAUGAGUCAAAUGGGGUCGUGA